AGGGACUCUGCUUACAGGAAAAUGGCAGAAGAAAGUAUAUUUCAGAAUCUUCUGGAAAUCCUGAUGAGUGCCUCAAGUGAAAUUGAGCAGGCCUACAAGAACUCCUGUGAAUUGGUAGAUCUAGACACCUGCCUGCUGCUCAUAGCAGAGUGUUUCAGAUGUCUGAGGAAUGCCUGUGUUGAGUGUGCCAAGAAUCAACAUGUCAUGAGGAACUUGGGUCUCAUCUCUACAUCUGUCAAUUUGAUCAAAUUGCUUCAUGGAAUACAAAUCAAAGAAGAAUUGUUACUGACUGCUCUUCGUUGUAGCCUCCAGUUUCUUGGAAACAUUGCAGCAGGAAACGGAGAUUCCCAGAAUAGCAUUUGGAAGUGUGCUUUCCCAGAUCUGUUCUUGACAUGCCUAACGUACAGUGAUGAGAAAAUUGUGGCCUAUUGUUGUAUGGUCCUGUUCACCUGCCUUAAUUCAGUGAAAGUGAGAGAACUACUGGAUCCUGGGAACUUGACUGUGGCUCUCCAUGUGCUGAAAGUCUACAAAGAGCAGUUGGAGUCUGAGUGGUCGUUCUUGAUUGUUACAGACCAUUUGCUGAAAUGUCCAGAGUUGGUAAAAGCCCUGUAUGCCAAACUGAGCAAUCAAGAAAGAGUUACUUUGUUAGAGCUGAUAAUGGCGGAAAUAAGUGAGAAGAACCCAGUUACUAGUGAAGAAAUGAAUGUGUUCAUGAGACAUGCUGACUUCCUUGCAGGCUGUUUCCAAGAGAAGCGUGAAGCUGUGCUCAAGUUAACUUCUGCAGCAGAUGCAGAAGAUGAGGAAGCACUGGUUACAAUUCGUCUUCUUGACGUUCUUUGUGAAAUGACAUCAAACAACAGACAGCUAGAACAUCUACAGGCUUUGCCUGGUUUGCUUGAAACAGCCAUAGAUACCCUGAGAUUAACUCAUCUUGCUGGGAAACAGGCUGUAAAUAUUUUCACUGCCACACAUGCUAUGACAGGGCAGGAAGAAAUUUCACAUCCAGCUGUGGGUUUUAAAUCUCAUCUCAUUCGUUUGAUUGGAAAUUUGUGUUACAAAAAUAAGGAAAACCAAGACAAGGUUUACGAGUUAGAUGGCAUCCCCUUGAUCCUGGACAACUGCAGCAUUGAUGACAACAAUCCUUUUGUGAACCAGUGGGCAGUAUAUGCUAUCCGAAAUCUGACUGAACAGAAUGAGAGAAACCAAGAGCUUAUUGCGCAGAUGGAAGAGAAGGGGCUGGCAGACAAUUCUGCCCUUGAGAGUAUGGGUUUAGAGAUAGAGAAACAAGAUGACAAGUUAAUUCUGAGAUCUGUCAGGAAAAAGCCCUCGUGA